GAGCACAGAUAUUUGCUGCAGAUUUAUGGGGUGCAUUCAAGGGCCGAGGAUAUGGAGAAUCAAUGACAUUGGCUCGAUCACUAUGUUUGCAGACUAUAUUGUUCCAGCUGCACUCAAGCAGCUUGGCGUGCUGAAAUAUAGCUCUACACUUUCUAGCAUUAUUGAUUCUAACCGUGAAAUAGUUCCAGGCAGUGAGGAGGAGAUUGAACUACGAGCUUGCACCAUAUAUGCUGUGGAGAAAAUGAGGGAGUUGAUAAAACUUAAAUCAGGAAAACAGGUGCUGAGUGUGGAGUUAGAUCUUUGGCUCUGGUCUGUUGGUGUUCAAUGUCCAUCUCUCCAACACCAUAGAACACUAUCAAUAUAUUACUAGGUAGGUCACAACUAGAAAAAUGUUCCAAGGUAACUUCUUAGGAAAAGUACGUAGCCAUCAGUCUAUAAGAUCCAUUUUUGUUUGCUUUCAAGGAUCACAGCUCUUAAAAGUUCGGGGAGUACAUCUCUCUACUAAUUUGACAGUGAAUUAUUUUAUUUACAUGAACUGAAAGAUCUCAUGAUUAUGAAUUUAUUUGCUAAAUGAUAUUUAUGUCUCCAGAAAUUGUUUCUCUCCAUCUUGUAAUUCUACCUCUGUAAGGGGUCAUCAAC